GUUAGCGUAUGUUUACCAUGAAAACACCAGAAAAAGACGAAGAAGAAGGAGUUGGGCGAUUCAGAAGAAGGAGGAAGUGAUUAUAUUGUUUGUGUUAUAUUUGUUCCGCUAGUCCAGCAUUUAUCACUGAAGAUAUAAGGAUCCAGACAAAUUAACAAUGAAUCUGGAACGGCUGCCGAAUGAGGAGAAACUCAGCUUAUGCCGGAAAUAUUACUUGGGUGGCUUUGCUUUUCUCCCAUUCUUAUGGUUGGUGAACAUUGUGUGGUUCUUCCGAGAGGCCUUUGUAAAGCCAGAUUACACUGAACAGCUUCAGAUAAAGACAUAUGUGAAGCGAUCAGCACUGGGUCUCCUUUUAUGGAUUGUGGUUCUGACAACGUGGAUCACCAUAUUCCAACAUUACAGAGCGGAGUGGGGGGAGGUGGGAGAUUACCUCUCCUUCACGAUUCCACUGGGCACUCCUUAAGACAUUUUUCGAUGGCAGAUCUUCUCAAAGCAACUCAUGAUCCACUGUAAUGGACCAAAGAAUUUUCUCUCUUCAGCGAUAGUGAAAAAUUCUGGUUUGUCUGGGUUCUGCAACUAAAUUCAGCGGCUGGAAAACAGCAGUAACAGCUAUAGGACACAGAAAUUCCAUUGUGUGCUUGCCAGUGUAUUUAAGAAAGUUCUUUGGUUUUAGAAUAGGCUGAUUAAUCUUUGUAUAACGGGCAACGUUGAUUGUCAUGAACAGUUUAGAAUGGUGAAGCUGGAUGUACAUUCAGCUUUGUUCAAGACACUGAACGAUAGAUUCAUCGAGCUGUUUUUCUUGAUUUAAUGUCCACUGUUGAGGUUGAUGUUUGUAUGGGAUUGUUCAACCCACACCUUUUUUAACUGUGUGUGAAUGAGGAAUAAAAACUAUCCACCAUG